CUCACGUCGAGAACUUUGUUGAACUUCAUUGUUAGGCUGUCAGUUUCGAAAGGGCUUUGCUAACGGUCCACUAUAAAACCCUUCUUCUAGAGGGAAGGGCCAGAAGAGAACUGAAUCUUUCCACUUGGAUCAUAUAGGCGAACCCAUUUAGAUUAAACGGGUCUUUACAAUAAACUUUCCUUAACACCUAAACGGAGCGAUGAUGUUCCCCAGUGCACUUGCGCCUCACGCUAUGUACCCUAGUCUACGUCGACCGCCGCCUCCUCUCUCUCUGCCACAGUCCUUACAUUCAGCAUUUGCUGCUCACUCGAGCUUUUUGGUGGAGGACCUGUUGCGGAUCAGCCGGCCAGUCAGCUACUUGCACCGAACGAUUCCGUCACCCAGCGUGUCUCCUCCCGCAUCCGGAGCCACCACGCUGACCAGCAGUAACCACGCUGACAUCACUUCAACACAGACCAGAACGGGUUCUCCUCAGACCUCACUCUAUAUCAACAACGAUCCCAACUACCUUAAGUUUGGAGUAAAUGCCAUCCUAGCACCAUCAACGAGAAACGUAUCGUCUCCACCGUCGAUGCAUCAUGCCAUGCACGCAAAAGCCUUCCCUCUGCCGUAUUUUGAUGGAUCGUUUCAACCCUUCAUCAGAGCUUCAUAUUUUCCAGCAUCGUCUUCAGUGGUUCCUAUCCCGGGUACCUUUUCAUGGCCGCUGGCAGCAAGAGGAAAACCCAGGAGGGGGAUGUUACGACGGGCUGUGUUCUCUGAUGUCCAGCGCAAAGCCCUUGAGAAAAUGUUUCAGAAACAGAAAUACAUCAGCAAACCAGACCGAAAAAAGCUGGCAGCAAAACUUGGUCUUAAAGACUCACAGGUGAAAAUAUGGUUCCAGAACCGAAGAAUGAAAUGGCGAAAUUCAAAAGAGAGGGAGUUGUUAUCGUCGGGAGGUUGCAGGGAGCAAACGCUCCCAACUAAAACGAAUCCUCAUCCGGACCUCAGUGACGUGGGCAAGAAGUCCUGCGAGGAGGUGGACGCGUACCGGGGCAGCCCGCUCGCGGCAUUUUGUCACUCACCAUCAGAGCGCGAACUUUUGAACAGUGUGGAGUCUCAUCUCUCUUCGCCCUGCAACUCAAGCAAGCACUCCGAUUUCUCCGAGUCAGAUGAUGAAGAGAUUACCGUGUCUUAGGUGUAAAUAAUACAUAAAUUAUCUUUGUAUAACGUUGUUUGAACAUAUAUUAUAUAUUGACAUUAUCCAAAUGAGACCCAUGCAUUCUUUAAUUUGAGCUCAUAUUGUCUGUGAUGUAACCAAUCCUCCUACUGUAUAUGUAAACGUAGGUAGUCGUAUUGGUUGUGGAAGAGAUAAUAGUACUUGUUAAGGGAUUCAUUUAAAUUUGCUGUAUUUUUACAGCUUUUGCUCUUUGUACUAUAUUUUGUACCAUAUUUUUUAAGAGACAUUUUCAUACCAAGAUGAUUAUACCUGACUUACAUUAGAUGCAAUG